GAAGGGCAGGGGCGCGCCUCGCUCCCUGAGGCUGUGCCGCCUCCCGCUGCCUUCCUGCCUUCCUCCUCCCUUCCUUCCUCCGGGAGUGAGAGGCUGAAGGGCUGGCCUCGCUGCGUCCCAUGGACAGGCACAAAGUGAAGCGCCAGAGGCUGGACCGCAUCUGCGAAGGUAUAAGGCCUCCCAUUGGUAAUGGUCCAAUGCCAGCCCGUCCAUUGGUUGCCCUUCUUGAUGGCAGGGAUUGCACUAUAGAGAUGCCUAUCCUGAAAGAUGUUGCCACAGUGGCUUUCUGUGAUGCACAGUCAACUCAGGAAAUUCAUGAAAAGGUGCUAAAUGAAGCUGUUGGGGCUCUGAUGUACCACACCAUUACCUUGUCGCGCCAAGACCUGGAGAAAUUCAAAGCUCUCCGGGUCAUUGUGCGAAUUGGCAGUGGCUAUGACAAUGUGGAUAUCAAGUCAGCUGCAGAAUUAGGUAUUGCCGUGUGUAACAUACCUUCUUCUUCUGUGGAAGAGACGGCUGAUUCUACCUUCUGCCACAUUCUGAACCUUUAUCGCCGUGUUACUUGGCUCCACCAGGCUAUGCGAGAAGGAAGCAGAGCCUCAAGUAUGGAACAAAUCAGAGAAGUGGCUGGAGGUGCUGUGCGUAUCCGUGGUGAGACCUUGGGCAUCAUUGGACUUGGUCGAGUUGGACAGGCGGUUGCUCUGCGUGCCAAACCCUUUGGAUUCAAUGUGGUUUUCUAUGAUCCGUAUCUACCUGAUGGAGUGGAGCGUUCCCUGGGCUUGCAGCGAAUGGCUACUUUGCAAGAUCUGCUGAUACACAGUGACUGCAUCACAUUGCACUGCAGCCUGAAUGAGCACAAUCACCACCUCAUCAACGACUUUACCAUUAAACAGAUGCGUCAAGGCUGUUUUUUGGUGAAUACAGCUCGUGGAGGACUGGUUGAAGAAAAAGCCCUGGCUCAAGCUCUAAAAGAGGGGAGGAUCAGAGGGGCGGCUCUAGAUGUGCAUGAAUCAGAGCCCUUCAGCUUUGCAAAUGGGCCCCUAAAAGAUGCUCCCAAUGUGAUCUGUACCCCCCACACAGCCUGGUAUAGUGAACAGGCUUCCAUUGAGUCUAGAGAGGAAGCGGCUAAGGAGAUCCGAAGAGCCAUCACAGGUACCAUACCCGACUCUUUGAGGAACUGUGUUAAUAAGGAGUACUUACUUUUGGCAGCUCAGUGGUCCAGUAUUGAUCCUGCAGCCGUUCAUCCAGAACUUAAUGGAGCUGCAGCUUACAGGUUUGCUCCAGGAGUAGUGGGAGUAGCAAACCCUGGGCUGCCAGAACCACCAGUAGAGGGGAUGGUACCUCAUGGCAUUCCCUCCGUGUCUCAUUCUGCACCACAUACUCCUUCUCCAGGAGAGUCAAGCAAAUUGGAGCCAGACAGAGAAGUCUCCGCUGACCAGUAGCAUCUCUUUUUCAUCCCUUAUACAAAAACAGGAGUGGCCUCCUGUUUUAGGACAUAUUGUGACCCCUUGGACUGUUUCCUGUUCACUCUGGACAGGAGAAUGCAUUUCAUUGUUGGCAAAUUUCUAGCUCUUGCCUUUAAGCAGGUAUUUUAUAACAGAUUGGGUUUGAAUCUCUUGGUGAAUCUCUUUCCCUGUCUGGGGCAAUGAAUGUUCAUCCUCUUGGUAACAUUUAUUUUAACAAACAAGUCCAGUCCCCAUGCACAUGUCUCCAUGGGUGGUAUAUGCAGUAGAACAGUACCUGGCUGAAUACUGAGAACUCCAGUAAGUCCAAAGCUGGCAUGGAUUAUUUUAAAAUGACUUCUAAGGUGGAUGGUCAGCUAAGUCUCAGGUAUAGGUGACAAAGAACGCUGUAGCUAUGCUGAGGGUGGCGAGCCACACGUGGGUUGUUUGGAAAGAAGAAAGGCAGUCCUUGCUCAGGUAUGGGCACCUACUGCUUUGUUCCUGCCUAUGUGCUAUUAAUUGAUAUGGCUGCCGGGUUAUUUUUUGCAAGGAAAGUAAGCAUAAUUUUUUUUUAUAAAAGCAAGAAUGAAUUAGAAAUUCUGCCAGGAAUUGUGAUUUAUGUUCAGAGCAUGUACUGAGAAUCAGGUGAAUUGUCUCAGCAUACAAGAUGCUUACAAAAUUGUAGGAAAGUUCAACUGAGAUUUGGGCCCAGCUCAGGGAUUGAGAGCUCAGCUCAUUCUGGAGAGGUAGAACAAAUAUCAGAACUCUGCACUUCAGGUUAUAUCCUUUGCACACAAAUAGUGCGAAUUUGCUACAAUUCAGAUCAAGCUGAAAUCCUAGGAUUUAACAUAAUCUCUUUGACCGAUCUCGUAAAAGGCCAAGGUUAGGAUUGUUCCCUAUGACAUUGUCUAGUGUGAAAUAUCCCAGGUGUGUGUGCUGAAUUGUCAUGUUCCUUACCUCUGCCCUUUUCUAUGAAUUGAGUCCUUGUCAACUCGGCAAAACUCCUUGUUUAAUCCUGCAGAUAGUCACAUAGGUUCUUUUUCAAAAAAGAAAAUAGAUGGCCUAUUUUGUGGUAGUUUCUAAAGUUUUUUUCUAAUUUGGAUGUGUUUUAAACCAGGCAUUUAAUAUUUUUUUUAGAGACAGAAGUAGGAUGGUGAUUUUUUUUUUCCACUGAGGGGCAAAUUGAUUCUUCCCUGGAACAUAAUCCUAGCAGCAUAUAUUUCAUCAUGAAAUGAAAUAUUUAUUCCUGUUGGAAAGUCGCCUUGUCGUGUUGCUUGGACUUCACAGUAAUUUUUGACCAUGAAAUCAAUAUGGUUUUUAACCAAUAUAUGUAAGAAUACAGGCAAAAGAAGAAUUUUGGCAUGAAGAAUGGGAAUUCUUUUUUCUGAGUAGAAUCCACUUUUUCUUUUCUUUUUCCAAAUGAAGAUAUCAGCCAAGUACCUUAGAAAAUGGGUGGUAAGCACUUAUAUUAUGUGUUUGCUGCUAAAGUUAAUAAUAGGUUGGCGCGUUUCCAAGCUUCCUGUUAUUCUCCAAACAGUCUUACAACCGUUUUCAGGAUUUGGUCCAAUGCAAAGCACUGACAGAUAUAUGCACCCUUUAAACCUAGAAAAGGAGUCAUACAACCCUCCAAAUAUUGUUGGACUGCAUCCUCUGGCAUUUGUCAGCAUUGGCUAAACUGGCUAAAGUUGCUGGGACUUGUAGUCCACCAAUAUCUGAAAGUGGAAUGAUUCCCAUUCCUGCUUUAAAGUGAGUCAAGUGUUGAGGAAGAACUCUUUUUAAAAUUAUGCAGGUUAGAUUCUUUCCUUAAGAUGAUACAUGGUUCCCUGAUAGUGUGUUUUUUUGUUAGAAUGUGAGUUGGAAGUGUUUGGUGUGGUGUAGGCUCUGGUAGUAUGGGAGGCACAACAGCUUUAUAAUCUCUUGGAUGAUUAUGACUAUUUAAAAUUUACAUACCUCUUGGGUUGCUCAGGGUUUUUAAUAAUAUGUGCAUGAGGGGCACACUAACAGACGUUAGUGCCAAGUAUGGCGGUAAAUAUGUGGGAAGCCUUUGAGUGAAGCCUCCAACUCUAAAGAGCUUGAAUUAGGGGGGGAAGUAACAACUUGAGUUUUGUUUGUUUGUUUCUAAUUUAGUCUGUGGACUUAAUGUACUCUAACUGUUCUAAAUCUGUCAUUUCUGUUGUUGCAGGCACAUAAUAAUGCUAGAUCCUCAAAAAGUUAAAGGAUUAGGAAUGGUCUGUGGAGAAUCAUGGGCUUCCAGCUCUAGCCUCUCUCUUUGGAUGUGAAUUUCCCAUAUUCCCUGAUUUCAAAAUUUAGUUCAUACCUGCUUUAAUAAGGAUUAAUAUUGGUCAGAUUGAAGUCUAAAUCAGAGCAAAGAGGCAAACAGGGUGAGUCUGUGAGAGAAAAUACAGCAUUUCAUCCCAUAUCCUCCUACUCCUCUGUUAGCCCUACUCAAGGUUCUGCAUUAUAUUAUGUCUGCACCAGACCUCAAAAAGUGAUGCUGUGUAGUAGGUAAGCUAGCCAGCUGUACGUGGGCUACAUUUAUUACCUUUGUAAGCCAUGUAUUGAGGGAAACACUUAAUCUACAGCACAUUUAACACAUUUUUCAUGCACUCCAGAUGGCUGUAACAUUAAGUGCUUCUUCAGAGGGCCAUUCAAGUCUUCGCGUAUUUCUUUGCCAGUUCUCAUCUCAUUGCACUCAAAUUCUGAUACAUAACAGAAACUAUCUAAAGUAAAGGUAACUGGUACCUUUUGUGCCAUUGGCCAAUGAAUCCACAUCAAGUUUUAAUCUGAUAAUUUAAAUAAACUAUCCAAAGUGUUGAGCUUGAUUCCCAAAAUAGUUUAAACACCAUGGGUAGCUCCAUGGUCUCAAUCCCAGAACAGAUUAAUCUUCCCACUGACACUGAAACCACCAGUCUCUUAUCCCAUUGGAUAACUAUAUUCGUCUGUUGUGACAAAUACAACAAAAGAUUGUGACAUCUUCAAAGAAUGAUGUAUUUGUUAUGGCAGUAGCUUUCAUAUAAGAGGGCCCAUUUCAUCAGAUAUAUGAAGUAUAAUCCUAAAAUGAUAAGUGUGUAUAAACACUUUAGGAUUCCUGUACUUGAUAAAGAUGUUGCUACUCCACAGAAAUGUAUGUUUUCGACUUUAUGAUGCCACAACAGUCUUCAUUCAUAAUGAGUAAUAUCAAUGUUUACAUAUACAUUUAUGCUUCUAAUCCUUUUUUCAUAAUCUGUGGUUUGUUUAGCUGUGACUGAGAUGGCAAGGAAAUCCACAAUGAGAGGGUAUGAAAACUGGGUUUAAUGACACAGAACUUAGGAAGCAACAGCUCUGAAGAGCAGAUGAGUGUAGAGGUCUUCGUUUUAAUUUUUUUAUACAUGGCUAAAAUGGAUUUUAUAUUGUGAUACUGGUUACAUACUGACCUUCGUAUGAGGAAGUAUGCUUCUCUACUAAACAUGGGACCCUGCUAUACUAGAAGAUAUUGACGUGUUCCACUGGCAUCUUGCAAACUAAUUUACUUAUUCAAUGUGUUAAAACUGGCUCCUCAGUUUGGCAACCAUGGGUUGAGUAUUUGUUCUGAAAAGAAUUUAUACAGUGAUUUCUGCAGUGUCAUAUUGUAUGGUAAGCAGAGUACAUCAGCAAUUUCUUUUUUUGAACUUGCCUUUGGCAGUUCCUAUUUUCAGUUUAUAAGAUUUCUGAUCCAGGUCCCCAAUUGUCAGAAUGACCACACUCUGUUACAUUGCCUGUUCAGGGAGUAAAAUAUGCUUAAUUAAAAGUGGCAGCCGUAUAUUAGUAAGCAAGUUAAUUUUUACACAUGAAUACCUCUAAAAACUUUUCAGGUAUAACCUCCAUCUGGAGAGAAAUUGGAAAAGGUCCCAGCUGGCUAGCACUGAGCCUCUCCUUUAGAAACCAGACUGGUUGGCGUAUAAAAACAUAUACAGUAUAUAAAUAUAUUUAACAAUGGUAGAGUUGUAUCAGUCUCUGAAUGCUGAAGAAGCAUAGUUUAAGCCUUAAGACCUCAAAAAUAACCAGUAUUACUGACCUACAUUUGGGAUUAACAUUAUUUUGAAAUUACCAGAGUGGCUUUACUUGAGGGUCUUGAUCAGAUUUGAGACUCUUUAGUUAAUCUGGCUUCUACACUGGAGAGCAGGUGUAGCCAAGUGUUGAUAAAAGUGCUCUGGAUGCACGUCAUGGUGUAUUGCUAGUUAGGAAGCAGAAAAUCUUGAGCAUAAAUGCAAACAUAUUUCUCUUCUGACACCAGAUAUUAAUUCAGUAAUCCUUUUCUCACAUUACAUAAAUGUGCAACUCCUCGUUCCAAAUUUUAUGGAUGUUGGGAAAAGAGAGAGAGAGAAAUAAAAAGAUAUGUUUCAAUUGCCUUCCUUCAGAAGUUAUGUGGAGCUUAAUCCCAAAGAACAACUUUCCCAAUGUUUGAGGCAGGAGUGUCCUGGGUCAUGCCAAGCUUAUCUGCAGGAGGAGCUCACUCUGUCCUAAGGUAUAUUCUGCUUGUCAGGUUUGCUGUUGCUGACCAGCUUUUUUAAAUAGAGGACUCAGAGUUUCAGAAAUAUAUUUUUGUAGACAAUAACUAAACUGUGAAACUUAAACAACAAAGCAUGUAAAAGCAUUUCCAACAUUGUUUCCUGUACAGAUGUUUCUCCCUUCCAACUCUCUCCUGGCUUUUGUUAGAAGUAUGACAAUUUCUUGAAUAUAUUUUAAUAAAUAUUUCCUUUAUGGUCA